CCCGCCAGCCGUCCACACCGCAUUCCGCGUUCAACGCUCAGCGCUAACGCACGCUCACUCACUCCCCACACAAAUGUCCAACAUGUCUUACGAGAUCGCGUAUUCGCUCGCAGACGACGGCCCGCAACCCGUCUCGCGUACUUACCAAUAUCGCAAAGUGAUGAAGCCGAUGCUCGAGCGCAAGAGGCGCGCUCGCAUCAAUCGCUGCCUCGACGAACUCAAGGAGCUAAUGGUCAGCGCCCUGCAAUCAGAAGGAGAGAACGUCGCCAAGUUGGAGAAGGCAGAUAUUUUGGAAUUGACCGUUCGCCACUUACACAAACUUCGCCGCCAGCGUCGCCUGUCUCUUAACCCGACAGUGGACGCCGACCGCUUCCGAGCUGGAUUCACCCACGCCGCCAACGAAGUGUCCCGUUGCCUGGCAUCCAUCCCUGGAGUUGAUGUGAGGUUGGGGACUCAGUUGAUGACCCACCUCGGACACAGACUGAAUGACAUGCAGCGCGCGGCGGCCGGCUCUGACACACCACCAGCGAGUCCGCCCAGCCCCGCGCCGUCCACUGCCUCCUCAUCAUCUGGCUACGUGUCGCCCUCUCCGCCAGCAUCCCCAGUGCACAUGCACACAGCCACGCCCCUGGACUGCAGCACCAGCUACAGCAAGGUGUGGAGGCCGUGGUAAGGAGCCGGAACCCCAUCUUGGCAGGACCGGCUCCGCGGUCACAUCUGUUCCAGCACCGAUCGGAGUCGCCAGCGCCCUGUGUCCGCCACAAGUUUAGUGUUGUUCAUGUGAAACGUUGCCGACAACUCUAGAUCUCACAAUUUAACUAGUUUAGGGAAAUCUAGCUCGUAAGUUCAACUUCAAAGCUUUAAUAAAAUAGCCUAUAAGUCUAUUGUGAUAUUAAAGAGUAAAUAUUAUUGUAUAAGAGAUGUUGUAUCGAGCCUUCCUGAGGUCGUAUUGUUAUAUUUUUAUCGUUAAAAAGAUUUCACAAAAUCGUGAACAAGAAAAGAAAGAAUAAGUUAAUAAAAAAAUAUUAUUUUAAUCUA